UCCGGUGUUGUGAAUUGUCUCUGGAAAGAUGGCGGUUAGCAUCCGAGCUCGUCCUAUCCGAAGCAUACGGAUGCGAGGUCGGAAUGACAGUGGGGAGGAAAAUGUACCGCUCGAUCUGACUAGAGACCCUAAAGAUAACCUGCGAGAGAUCCUCCAAAAUGUGGCCAAACAGCAGGGUGUUUCCAACAUGCGUAAAUUGGGUCACCUGAACAACUUCAUUAAGCUACUUUGCAAUAUCGGCCAUUCGGAAGAGAAGUUUGGCUUUACCUAUGAUGAAAUCAUUAUCUGUCUCCGAUUGGCUCUGCUUAAUGAAGCUAAAGAAGUACGGGCAGCAGGUCUGCGAGCUCUCCGCUACCUGAUCAGAGAUGGCGCUAUCCUCCAGAAAGUUCUCCGCUUCCAGGUGGAUUACCUGAUUUCCAGGUGCAUUGACAUUCAGCAGAGCAAUGAAGUGGAGCGGACCCAGGCACUCCGACUGGUGAGAAAGAUGAUCACUGUGAAUGCUCAGCUUUUCCCAAGCUCCAUCACCAACUCCCUCGUCGCUGUAGGCAACGAUGGCCUGCAGGAACGUGACCGCAUGGUGCGCGCCUGCAUUGCCAUCAUAUGUGAACUCGCACUGAAGAACCCAGAGAUUGUGGCUCGGAGGGGCGGUCUUAAAACCAUCCUAAAGAAUGUGAUUGACUGCCAGCUCAGCCGCAUCAACGAGGCUCUGAUGACCACCAUCCUGCACCUGCUCAAUCACCCGCAUACACGCCAGUAUGUGCGCUCUGACGUCGAGCUUGAGCAAAUCCUGGCACCUUAUACAGAUUUCCACUACAGACACAAUCCAGACACUGCAGAGGGACAGCUCAAGGAAGACAGAGAGGCUCGAUUUCUGGCCAGUAAGAUGUCUAUUGUAGCUUCCUUCCGCUCAUGGUCUGGCAUCAUUAACCUGUGUAAGUCAGGUAGUUCUGGCAUCCAGUCCCUCAUUGGCCUACUCUGUAUACCAAAUAUGGAAGUGAGGAGAGGCCUACUGGAGGUGCUGUAUGACAUAUUUCGCCUCCCCGUUCCCAUAGUUACACAAGACUUCAUUGAAGCUCUUCUUAGUGUUGAUCCUAGUAGAUUUCAGGACAGUUGGAGGCUGUCGGACGGCUUUGUGGCCUCAGAAGCAAAAAUUAUCCUCCCUCAUCGGGCACGGUCAAGGCCUGACUUAAUGGAUAACUACCUUGCACUUGUACUCUCUGCCUUCAUCAAUAGCGGACUUCUAGAGGGGCUGGUGGAAGUAGUCACAAGCAGUGAUGACAACAUUUCAGUCCGCGCUACCAUCCUCUUAGGAGAACUCUUGCACAUGGCCAAUACCAUUCUCCCUCACUCCCAUAGCCACCACUUGCAUUGCCUUCCUACGCUCAUGAACAUGGCAGCCUCCUUCGAUAUCCCUCAGGAGAAGAGGCUACGUGCGAGUGCUGCAGUGAACUACCUGAAGCGCUUCCAUGAGAAGAAGAAGCGAGGCCCCAAGCCCAAUAGCCUUUAUCUGGACCAUAUUGUCCGCAAGUCAGCCGCCGCCCACUACUGUCGAGAGCAGCACCUGCGACCCCAGAAGGACAUCUAUGUGAUUAAGGACACUGAGGAGGCACUGCUGAUGAACCUCCGAGACAGCCAUAUUCUCAAUCACAAACAAAACCUGGACUGGAACUGGGUACUUAUCGGUACAAUACUAAAGUGGCCAAAUGUUAACUUGCGCAGCAGCAAAGAUGAACAAAUGCACAAGUUUGUACGGAGGCUCUUGUUCUUCUACAAACCCAGCAGUAAACUAUAUGCCAGCCUGGAGCUGGACCACAGCAAGGCCAAACAGCUGACCGUGGUCGGCUGCCAGUUCAUCGAGUUCCUGCUGGAGUCAGAUGAGGAUGGGCAGGUGUAUCUGGAGGACCUGGUGAAGGACAUUGUACAGUGGCUGUCUUCAUCAUCUGGGCUCAAACCGGAUCGUAGCCUACAGAGCAAUGGCCUCCUCAACACUCUCAGCCAACACUACUUCCUCUUCCUGGGCACUCUCUCUGCCCACCCUAAUGGUGUUAAGUUGCUGGAGAAAUGCGGUGUCUUCCAGUGCCUGCUGAACCUGUGCUCCCUGAAGAAUCAGGAUCAUCUAUUGAAGCUGACUGUAUCCACACUGGACUACAGCAGAGAUGGCUUAGCACGAGUCAUCCUUUCCAAGAUCCUCACUGCUGCAACGGAUAACUGCAGGCUUUAUGCCACAAAGCACCUGCGAGUGCUGCUCCGCGCCAAUGUGGAGUUCUUCAGUAACUGGGGCAUCGAGCUGCUGGUCACUCAGCUCCAUGACCGAAACAAGGCUAUCUCUAUGGAGGCUUUGGACAUACUGGAUGAGGCCUGCGAGGACAAGGCGAAUCUCCAUGCACUUAUUCAACUGAAGCCAGCACUAACUCACCUAGGGGACAAGGGUGUGCUCUUGCUUUUGCGGUUCUUGUCUAUUCCAAAGGGUUUCUCCUACCUCAAUGAGAGGGGCUAUGUCAGUAAGCAGCUGGAGAAAUGGCAGAAGGAAUAUAAUCUAAAGUAUGUGGACCUAAUAGAGGAGCAGUUAAAUGAGGCGCUCACUACUUACCGCAAACCAGUUGAUGGGGACAACUAUGUACGACGGAGCAACCAAAGAAACAGGUUGCAAAGGCCAAAUGUAUAUCUACCAGUGCAUCUGUAUGGUCAGCUUGUGCAUGAUAAGACAGGUUGCCAUCUCCUAGAAGCUCAGAAUGUCGUACCAGACCUGAGCUACACAGUGCGCUCCCCAGUGCUGGACACAUGGGAAGGCAUCAAACAACUUAAAGCUGCUCUGUGGGCCUUGGGUAAUAUUGGCACAUCAAACUGGGGUCUGAACCUGCUGCAAGAGGAGAAUGUGAUUCCAGACAUUGUGGCUUUGGCCCACCACUGUGAGGUUCUCUCUAUUAGAGGGACUUGUCUAUAUGUGCUGGGUCUGAUCUCCAAGACAAAGCAAGGAUGCGAGCUCCUGAAGUUGCAGGGGUGGGAUGCAGUGAGGCACAGCCGUAGGCAACAGUGGCCUGUGGUGCCUGAUGAAGUGGAGCAGCAGCAGCAGCAGCUGCCACCACCUACCCUGCUCUCCUCAGUUCCCAGCACCCUAAGCCUCAACUCAGAGUCCACUAGCUCCAGACACAACAGUGAGAGUGACUCCACCCAGCCCAGCAUGUACAUUUUGGAUGAUGAUAAGUUAGAGGGUUCAGAACUGUCUGAAGACCAGCCCCUGUACUUCAGGUCCAAGCUUCUAAAGGACCGCAGCCCCUUCACCAUCCUGGCCUCCAGUCGCUUCGUCCGCAACCGCUUUCUCAUCUCCCUCUCCGGCAAGAAGCUGCGCAGCACCAGUGACCCCAAAGGCAGCGGUAACACUGGCAGCAGCAGCAAGCUCAACAGCGACCCCAAGCUGGGAGGCCUUCGGAGGAACCGCACAGUCACCGAGCCCUCCGUCUACUCCCCUGGCCAAGGGGACGUUUUCAGCCCUGUCUUUACCGAUGGCCUGCCCAAAAGUCCCUCAGUUAGCCUAGAGACAUCCUUUGUGGGCAGCAAAUCGGCAGACCACCAGGGUAGCACGCCCAGCAUUGCAGAGGGGGAAGUGCGUGUGCCUCGGGCCUCAGAGCGGAGCUCUGCGAGCGGGGAUGGCCAGCGCGAACAGACCAGCCGAGAGAGGCUGGCAGGUGACAGCUCUUCCUCUGGAGGCGGAGGUCAGUUUAAAAGCCGCAGCCAGAGCUUUAACACAGACACCACAACCAGUGGCAUCAGCUCCAUGAGCUCCAGCCCUUCUCGAGAGACGGUGGGUGCCGUGGAUUCCUCCACCAUUGACACGGACUGCGUCAGCCUCAACACGGUCAUCAGUGCCCAGACUAUCAAAACGCUCCACUCUCUCACUCCCCAGUCUAACCACCUGCCCUUGUCAAAGUCCAACUCGGUUCUGCUGGUUCCCCCGGGCUCCUCUCACACACUGCCCCGCAGGGCUCAGUCACUGAAGUCCCCCUCAGUGACCACCAUCACAAGCCUAACAGACUGCAGCUUUAUGUACACCAGUCCUAGGGAUGCGCUGGGGUAUGCUACACUCAAGCGACUCCAGCAGCAGCGCAUCCACCCCUCUCUAUCCCACAGCGAGGCGCUGGCCUCACCCGCCAAAGACGUACUCUUUACUGACGCUAUCACCAUGAAAACUGGCAGUCUGGACUCCAGGCUCACUUCACGAAGGUUUCUGAAGGCUCUGAGCUUUGCAUCUUUGGAUAAGGAGGAUCUGCUAAGUCCUAUCAGUCAGACCACGCUGCAGCGCUCUUCCUCUGUACGCUCCAUGGUGUCCAGUGCCACCUUCGGGAGUUCGGAUGAUUACAUUGGUCUCGCUCUCCCUAUGGACCUCAAUAAUAUGUUCCAAAUAAAAGAGACUCCAUAUUUCCAGAAGAGGACCAGUCCACCCUCAGAGGACAGAUCGGCAAAGUUCUUCUCUGGAGACUCUGAUGGUCCUAGUGAGGGCUCACGGCAUGGUGUCCUGAAGUCUCAGCUGAGUAUCACAGAGCUGAUGGCAGCAAGCAGAGCGGACCAGCAGCAGCUGCUGGGCUCAGAGGAGACUGGCUUGCAGGAGCACACUGAGGAGAACUGCCUCUACUGUGUGGGCUGCAAGGUGCUGGGCUGCAACACACACACCCCAACACAGAACCGGCCAGACUAUGCCGAUGCUCCGUACUCUGAGUGGUGCAGCCAGCCCAUGCACAACCACCUUGAGGUAAUGCCCCAGUCCAAGUUCUCAGGGGUGUCUGGAUGCAGUGACGCUGUGUCCCAGGGCUCUGCUGGGAGCACCCGGAGCACAGAGCUGGUUUUAGGCGUUAAGACCAUUCCAGAAGAUGCUCCAGCUUGCAGAGUCCUGCUGCGAAAAGAGGUGCUCCGUCUGGUCAUCAACCUUAGCUCAUCAGUAGGAACCAAGGGGCAUGAGACUGGACUGCUCACGAUCAAGGAAAAGUUCCCUUAUGCAUUUGAUGACAUCUGCCUGUACUCUGAAGUUUCUCACCUGCUGGCCCACUGCAUGUUCAGACUAGCUUCUCGACGCUUUAUCCAGGAAUUGUUCCAAGACGUUCAGUUUAGUCCGCUUUAUGAGGAGGCUGAAAGCAUCCUGUCAAUGCCGCCAAAGUCUACCACUGUAUAUCCUGCACCAGAAUCUUGAUUUUCUCAAGUUCUACAGCUUCAGCUUGCUGUUCUCCUCCUCUUCUACACCCAAUCCCCCUAUUCAUUCCACUGGCCUGGCCCUGAAUUUAGGAAGAUGGAGGCAAUAAGAGGUAACACGAGGAUAUAGAACAGCCACGGGGUGAACAGCAAAGACAAAAUAUGGAAAGCUGUUGCUGAAUGUGUAUGAACAAAAAGAAUCGGUACGGCAUGUAAAGGAAACAGGAUCAACAAACUUUCUGCCUGAACAAAAAGCCUGAAAUCAAGACCGGAAUCUCUUUAAAGCCCUGUCAAUGGGAGAUGUAACCAAAAUAUAGCGUUUGACCCACCGUUAUGAACGUAAAAGCACUGACGAUACUGUGUAAUAAAAUUUAGAAGCUGAACUAUAAAGAAAGAAAAACGAUAUCGCAUCUUGAAAGAAGAAAUGCUGAAAGAAUACAAGAUGCUGGUUUAGUUCCUAUAUCAGUUCUGCACAGUUGUGAUUGUCCUUAACUAGGGGCCAAUGCAUUCGGUCAUAGACUGAAACAACUCAAGCAUGUUUUCUAACUCUUCCCUCAGUGGAUACUUCAGCUUUGAUUUUAACACUACAAGAUUCCAGUGGUUUGUAUCAGAUCUCUCUGUCACUAAUUUCGUUCAUGUGUAUAAAGAAAUAAGCAGUGAGCCUGUAAUUGAAGCAUUCAUCAAAACCAAGCAUCAGUUCUAAUCCCACACCCAAAUGUAAGACAAUCAUCAAUUAGUAAUCCAACUGACUGGCUGACAGCAUUGCUUUUCAUGGAUUAAUGUUCUAAAACAUGCCCUUGGCAUGAUGAGGUUUUUGUCUAAUACAUUUGAACAAGAUGAAUAAAUACAGAGGAGCAAGUUAGGAAACAUAUACACAUGUCAGCAUAAACAUGUUCAUCAAAGCCAUGGUCAGGAUGGUUUUAGGGCUAAUUACAUGUCAAAUGGUUCCUUUAAUCUGCUCAGACUACAUACAGUGAACUGUACCUUGCUUCUCCUAUAAGAAGUAUGAGAAACAUCAUACAGUAUGAGAGUUGAUCAUCCUGACUGAGACUUUAGGGCCAAAAAAAUGAAAAUACAUAUAUUUUCAUGCUUCUCAUGUUCAGUUGUGGCUAUGUUGAUAAAAAUACAUUUUGUAAGACUUUGUUUGCCACUUCUGCAAAAAAUGGUCUGCGUCCUCACCACUUCCCUACAACAGGCUAGCAUCAACACUGAGAGUCUAACUUACUUCACCAACUGAACUGUCUAGUCCUGAAUAUUCAUAAAAAUGUACAUAGUAGAUUUAUGAAUAUUAGAAUGUUGACACUUACAUUGAAAAGUUGGAACUGUCCUGUUGCAGAAAAAUGUUGUAGAAUGAGACUUCUUAAAGUAAGAAAAUAGACAGGAGGAGAGGCUUUUAAAAGAACGGUUCACCAAAACAUCUAGUUUCACAUCCCCCUUCAGUUCAAAUGCAGUGGAUCGCCAUGUUUGGUCCCUGAGUUUGGCUUCUUUAGAACUGGAGCUACAAGGCUAAUGUAUUUAACAGGUAAUGGAAAUCAUUUAGGCAAUGCAGAUUUCUGUUAUAGCUUUGUAGCUCCAGUGCAAAACUAAAGAAACAAUCAAAUAUGAGACACCAAGUAAGUCUUAGUUAAUCAACUAUGUUUUCCGUAAGACGUAAAGUUUGUGUUUUGCGGUUACGUUUGAUUUUCCGGUUAACCGUUACUUCUACAUCUGGACAGCAAACCACCAGAAUGAUUUGGUUUGAAAAUGGUAUUCUUUUAAAUGUAAAGGAGCUUUAAAUGGGUGAAUAUCAUUCCAUUUUCUUUUAUAGUGUCUUAUCAUGAUCAGAAUCUGUAGCAGGCUAAAAGCACUAUUGAGCGAAGAGGGUUCCUAGUAUUUGUCAGAUAUCAUCAACAGUAAACCUUCAAAAAGUUCCUGACCAGAAAAUGGCUUUUUGUUCCACCUUCAGCAGAGCUUUUGAAAAAUGCAUAAUAUUUAUUGGCUCAGAGCUGCUGGACAAAAACUUCAUCAAGCUGCUUUAAGUGAGUCUUGCCAAGGUGCAAAUUCCACCAUUCGCGAUACAAUUGUCAUCUUCAUCAAAUCGACUUGCUUCUUCUCGUUGUAGCAUAUUUGUAACCAUAACAUUAAACUGACAGGAAAUUAUUAGUGUAGAAUGUGGAGUAGUGAGGGGAAAAUAAGCAUUUGUGCCUUUUUCUUCAUAUCAUAAUAAUUUUCCCAAAAACUUUAAAACCACAACAGUUUGAUUAUCUUACAGCGCUCCUCAAAUGUCACGUAGCAA